CCGGCCCCCUUCCCAACACACGCACCGCCGGUAAUCCCAAAACGGAGUCUAGCCGCUGUCGGUGGAGCGCGACCGCGAGGAAAGACCGAGGAGCCUUCGAGGGGGCCCGCGUUUGUUGUUCAUCCGAACGUGACCCUCCGGAAGGUGUGGCCGAGGUGAUUCGCUUGUCGCUGGUGGUCUGACCGCAGCCAAGUCCUCCUCCAACCGCCUGGAAGUAGACGAAAAGACCGAAUUUGAGCGAAAAAUGGGCCAGCCGCUGUGAGGGGAAGCACCGGUCGAGCCUCGGAGGACGGCGGCGGCGGGCAGGGCCUCCUCCUCUCCCCGGAAUGGUGUGAGCUGACACGGCCGGGCAAGUCUGGAUCUGAGCGGGGAGCCGUCCUUCCCCCGGAGCCUGCGGGGGCCCAAGCCGCGGGCCGAGGCCUCCAAGAUGGGCAAAUGCGACGGGCGAUGCACGCUGCUGGGCAUAUGCGCCCUCCAGCUGGUGGCCGCCCUCCAGAGGCAGGUGUUCGACUUCCUGGGCUACCAGUGGGCGCCCAUCCUGGCCAACUUCCUGCACAUCAUGGCCGUCAUCCUGGGCACGUUCGGAACGGUGCAGUUCCGCUUCAGAUACCUCAUCUCUUACGCAGUGUGGCUGGUGCUGUGGGUGGGCUGGAACUCCUUCGUCAUCUGCUUCUACCUGGAGGUGGGCAACCUGUCUCAGGACAGGGACUUCCUGAUGACGUUCAACACGUCCCUGCACCGUUCCUGGUGGAUGGAGCACGGUCCCGGUUGCCUGGUGACGCCGGUCUUGGACUCGCACUUGGCCCCCGACGACCACCACGUCAUCACCGUGUCGGGCUGCCUGCUGGACUACCAGUACAUCGAAGUGCUGAGCUCGGCCAUCCAGGUCCUGCUGGCCCUUUUCGGAUUCGUGUACGCGUGCUACAUGAGCAAAGUCUUCCAGGACGACGAGGACAGCUUCGACUUCAUCGGCGGUUUCGACUCGUACGGCUACCAACCUCCUCAGAAGUCGUCGCACUUGCAACUGCAGCCUCUCUACACGGCUGGCUAACGGACGCGUGCGCGCCCUUCGGCGCCAACGGUACCGCUGCCGAAGGAACGAGGUGGGGGAGGGGGGCAAUCACAGAACUUCUGAGCCCGCCUUGGAGAAGAGAUGUGUGUGUGUGUGUGUGUGUGUGCGCCUGAGUAAGAUUACCAUCCCUGAAUGGAAUGUACCAAGCUCAGGGAUGAACCAGCAUGUCGGAUGGAAGGCCAGAUGGGAUGAAGCGGAAUUCACCAGAGACACAAUUCUUUACCAGCUAGCAACACGAACGUGUCUAGUCUACUACCGUGUGUGUGUGUGUUUGUAUGUCGCAGGACGUCGCAAGGUCGCACCUCGCAGCGCUGAUGUUGUGGGGGCGAAGGUCACGUAAUUCAAAACAAAAAAAGAAAGGCACGACUCAUUGUCAUUUUAGAAUGUGGUGAUGUCAAACUAGAGCAGUCUUAAGAUUCCUGCUCCCAAAGUCAUCUGCGACCGGACCGCUACGCAGAACCAUCAAAACAGGCAC